AUCUUAUAUAUAAAAAUGAAUCGCAAAAUUUGGUAAGCGCAUAACUCAACAACGCCUGGACCGAUUUCGCUCAUUCUUUUUUUGUUUGGGUCGUAAUUGUCAGGAGAAGGUUCUUACGGACGAAAAAUUUGAGAAAGUUAUCGGGUUAGAGAAAUAUGACGAGGUGGUGAUGAAAUUACAGAGGCGCCAUCUAUCCAGCAAAUAGUCAACUAAAUUAUUUUUGGUAGUCAAUGGCAACCAUUUAAAUAAAAUAAAUCAUUAAUUUAAAAUGUUUUUAAAAAUGCAUGCAAAUAGACAUACAAACAACGCAAAUGUUCGCAAAUGUUCGUUGAAGUCCAAGGAUGGUUUUUACGGCUAGAAAAAUUAGAAUUAUUGCUGGAAAAACCCUAAAAAUAGCCCUUUUCUUUUUAAAAUAGCCCUUCCUAUAAUAUUUAUAAUAUAAUACUGAUCGUAUCCAUGGCAACCAACAAUCGUGUUUUGUGCAGAGUGUUUAGUUAGUUAGUGUUUGUUUAGUUCGUGAUUAGUGAAAAAAUAAUUUAUAUUUGAUAUGCCUCCUAUAAGACGAAGCAAUUUAGGUAGAAGAACCAGAAAUGCUACAAACCAAGCUAAUUACCGAUCUAAUUCACAAACGCGUGAAGCGCGAGCAAGUUUGAAUCGAGCUGCUUUUAGUUACGAUGUGUCAAUUGACUACAGUAACUACCAAUGUGUUGUUAUUGGUUCUAUGAACUCGGUUUGCUCACACUGUAAGGCAUUAAAAUACAAAAACGAAGCCAAUGGAUUGUGUUGCGCAAAUGGUAAAGUGAAAUUGAUACCAUUGGAUCCACCACCAGAACCAUUGUACUCAUUGGUUUCAGGAAUAGGAACAGAUUCUAUACACUUUUUGACAAAUAUCCAACAAUAUAACAAUUGCUUUCAAAUGACUUCAUUUGGGGCAACAAAUGUAGUUCGGGAAAAUUUUAUGCCAACUUUCAAGAUACAAGGGCAAAUAUAUCACAGAGCAGGUUCACUGUUACCAGUGUCAGAUAGCGACAACAAAUUCCUGCAAAUUUAUUUUAUGGCAAUUCACCACAAGAAAUUGAUCUGCCACAAUCAAUUGAUUAUAUUGUUUAAAACUGCCCUGGAUCUGAUGCCAUCCGAUAAUCACAAAAUUGUAAUCAGAGCUGAUAAAACACCUGCAGGUCAACAUACAAGACGUUUUAAUGCACCAACUAUUGAUGAAGUUGCUAUCGUUGUAGUUGGAGAAAACUUGGAAUCCCGUGAUAGUUUUACGACGUCGUCGGAAUGA